CUGCGGCUACUUCCGGUUCAGGUUAUACUUUGCCCAUUUAUAGCGUUAGCGAAAGCGAAAUUCUAAAUAGAAAUACGUUUACAUUUUGCAAUGUAUCAUACACCCGUGUUGAAGAACCGUCGUACGCUUUUGGAAAGAGCAGAAAAGUUCGUUUCUGACAUUUAUUUCACAGACUGCAACCUGCGAGGACGAUUAUAUGGCGAAACUCACCCGCUGGAAUCCGUUAGCUCAUUUAUGUCCUCCAAACGGAUAACAUUCUCAGAAGCUCAAACAAAGAAAUUCAGCCCAUAUAAAAUUGGUGAUAACUUUGGACCAACGUGGUGGACCUGUUGGUUUAAAAUAGCCCUGAAAAUCCCUUCGUCUUGGAAUGGGAAAGAGGUUCAUCUUCUGUGGGAAAGUGAUGGAGAAGCGAUGGUUUGGAGGGAUGAUCAACCGGUUCAGGGUCUGAGCAAAGAAGGUGAAAAGACAAGUUACAUCCUUUCCAACUGUCUCACAGAGGAGGAAGAACACACUGUGAACGUGUAUGUGGAGUUGGCUUGUAAUGGGCUUUUUGGAGCCGGUCAAGGGUCAACAAUUGCAGCCCCAGAUCCGAACAAGAAGUUCUCAGUGCAGAAGGCAGAGCUGGUGGUAUUUAACAGACAUGUCAGAGAGCUGCUAACUGAUUUUGAAAUGCUGAUUGGCAUUGUGAAGGAACUGGGUGACAACGAGCAGCGCAGUUUUCAGGCGCUAUUCACCGUCAAUGAAAUGGUUAACGUGAGCAAUCCGGCUGAUCCUAGCUCCUUUUCCAAAGCGCACGCUCUGGCUCACAAUUUCUUCAGCCAGCGCAACGGCCAAAGCCAACACACUGUCCAUGCCAUGGGCCACUGCCACAUAGACUCAGCUUGGCUAUGGCCUUAUGAAGAAACCAUUCGCAAGUGUGCUCGGAGCUGGGUGACCGCGAUCCGUCUCAUGGAAAAAAACCCGGAGUUUGUGUUCACAUGUUCUCAGGCCCAGCAGUUUGAGUGGGUCAAGAACUGGUACCCAGGACUGUUCUCAGAGAUUCAACAUUUCGUCAAGCUGGGAAAGUUCAUCCCAGUCGGAGGGACGUGGGUGGAAAUGGAUGGCAAUCUCCCUUCAGGAGAAUCCAUGGUAAGGCAGUUCCUUGAGGGCCAGAAUUUUUUUGAGCAACAUUUUGAGAAGAAGUGCAAAGAGUUCUGGCUUCCAGAUACAUUUGGCUACUCAGCCCAACUCCCUCAGAUAAUGAAAGGCAGUGGAAUUUCCAAUUUUUUAACACAAAAACUCAGUUGGAAUCUUGUGAACACCUUCCCGCAUAGCUCAUUUUUCUGGGAAGGACUUGAUGGCUCCAUAGUCUUGACUCAUUUCCCACCUGGAAAUUCCUACGGCAUGAUUGGCAAGGUUGAAGACCUUGUAAAAACCGUCAAGCAAAACAAGGACAAAGGUCGAGUAAAUCACAGCGCUAUGUUGUUUGGAUUCGGUGACGGUGGUGGCGGUCCCACGCAGUUAAUGCUGGAUAGACUGAGGCGGGUCCAGGACACAGAUGGCCUUCCCAAGGUGAAAAUGACCAGUCCGGAUGAGUUAUUUUCUCAGCUUUGGGCUGAUUCACAUCUUCUGUGCACUUGGACCGGAGAACUUUUCCUAGAGCUCCAUAAUGGCACGUACACCACACAGGCACAGAUCAAGCGAAGCAACCGCCAGUGUGAAACACUCUUACACGACAUUGAGAUUGCCAGCAGUUUGGCACUCCAUCAUGACAAAACCUUUCAGUAUCCUGUAGCAAAGCUGCGGGAACUCUGGAGGCUUUUGCUGUUGAACCAAUUCCACGAUGUAAUCCCAGGGACUUGUAUAGAGAUGGUUGUGGAGGAUGCACUGAGAUAUUAUGAAGAUAUCAAUAGAACUGGUGCUGCACUCCUGCAAAUUAGUCUCAGUGCCUUAUCCAAGGGUGACACCACAGGUGUCUUCAACUCUCUGCCAUGGGAGCGCCUUGAGGUCCUCCACUUACAUGAUGGUCCUGCAGAACAUGGUUUAGUUCUAGUGAGAGUUCCAAGCAUCGGUCUCUCUCCUAUCCAAGACACAAAGCCUCAGGUUCCAGUCUGUCUUACUGUUCAGGCUGAUGGCAGUGUCCUAAUGGAAAAUGGGAUUUUACAGACUGUAGUAAACAAAGACGGCACACUGGCAUCGUUGUGCUUGAUGAACGCUAACAGGGAAGCAAUUUCAGAUGGCUGUGGCGGCAACCAGUUUGUCAUAUUUGAUGACGUACCUCUAUACUGGGAUGCUUGGGAUGUAAUGGACUACCAUCUUCAGACAAGGAAGCCAGUGGUGGAGGUGGUAAAGCCUGUCCAUGUGUUGUCUUCACAUGAGCUCAGAGGCAGUGUCAGCUUUACGCUCAGGAUCAGUGGCAACAGCACAAUUACUCAGGAAAUUGUGAUGGAUGCAAUGUCUCCUUACAUAAAGUUCAACACACAGGUAAAUUGGUUUGAGUCACACAAGUUUCUCAAAGUUGAAUUUCCAGUGCGAGUGCACAGUCCCAAUGCUACGUAUGAGAUCCAAUUCGGACAUCUCCAGAGACCCACGCACAGGAAUACAUCAUGGGACUGGGCCAGAUUUGAAGUUUGGGGUCACAAAUGGGCUGAUUUGUCAGAACAUAAUUUUGGAGUGGCUCUGCUCAAUGACAGCAAAUAUGGCUAUUCAGUCUAUAAGAACACAAUGACACUCUCCCUGUUGAGGGCACCAAAGGCGCCAGAUGCCAACGCUGAUAUGGGGACACACAAUUUUACCUAUGCAAUUAUGCCACACACAGGAUCCUUCCAAGAUGCCACAGUCAUCCAGUGUGCAUACAACCUCAACUUCCCAUUGAGGUUAACGUCAUGCUCCCCGGACAUGGUGCCAUGGAGUGCCUUUUCCAUCAGUCCUGCUAGUGUCAUCCUCGAGACUGUUAAGCAGGCAGAGAACAGGAAAGGAGCCCUUGUUAUCAGACUGUACGAGGCUCAUGGCGGUGGCGUGAGUGUGACCCUCCGCUCCAUGCUUCCAGUCAAGAAUGCCUGGCAUUGUGAUCUUCUAGAGCAAAUUGACACCACUCAGCCAUUACAGGUGACUAAAGAUGGAAUCAAUCUCAACUUUAAUGCCUUUCAAGUUAGAUCACUUUUGCUUGAUUAUGUAUAACACAAUUUAUUUGAAGAAGUCUUUAAAGGAGCGGUUCAUGAUUAAAGUGGAACUGCCAAGGUCAGUGAUCGUAUUUUGUAAUGCAACCAAUUUCAGGGUUGAUGGCUGAAUUUGUUCAAACCAUUUCAUCAAUUGUAAUUUUGCUAUUUGUUGCAGCUUAUGUAGUAAAUUUGAUUAUCAUAUUUUUUCACGUGAGUUCACGUUUGUGCACAAAGAUAGAAGUUAAUUUUGGGUGGCAUUUGACAAAAUACCACUGAAAUGGGUGAAAAUGAAGUGAUAUUUAAUUAGUGCAACAUUACUCAUGCUGUGUUCUACAUUGUAUUCCAAAUUAUUACGCAAAUUUGAUUUGAGUAUAAAAAGACUAAAUCUUUUUGUUUUUCCAUGAUCUAUCAUGAGUUUAAAUCUCAGACACCUGUGAUAAAUUGUCUCCCAGGUAAGCCCAUUUAAAGAAAAACUGCUACAAGGUGAUGUUCAACAAUAUUGAGCAAAAGCAGGAUACAAGUUUCAAGCAAUAUGGGGAAGAAAAACAAUCUCUGAUGCUGAAAAGUUUAAGAUAGUACAGUACCUUGCUUAGGGUAUGAAAACAUUGCAUAUUUCCCCUAAACUUGUGUGACCAUCAAAUUGUACUAUAGUUACAUGUUAAUAUAGAACCCCUUUCUUGAUAUCACUUGAGUAAGCCUUGCAUCCAUUGAACUUGUGAAUUCUUAGUUUUAGCGUUAAUUUCUUUGCAGGAUGUUAGAAAAGCGUCCUAGAGCUGCUGCUUAGAUGUGAACUGUCUCCCACUCUUGUAGAUCUUUUGAUCGGUGAUGCUCCAGAAGUUCUCAAUAGGGUUGAGGUCAGAAGAUGGUGGCCACACCAUCAGUUUUUCUUGUAUGCCCAUAACAGCCAGUGACUCUGUGGUGUUCCUUGAAGCAUGAGAUGGGGCAUUGUUAUACAUGAAGAUGAUUUUUUGUCAGAAGGUAAAGUUCUUGUUUUUGUACCAUGGAAGAAAGUGGUCAGUCAGAAUCUCAACAUACUUUGUGGAAAAAAGUGGUUAGUCAGAAACUCUACAUACUUUAUGGGGGUCAUUUUCACAGCCUUAUGGACUCUAAAGGGACCUAUCAGCUCUCUCCUCUUGAUUCCAGUCCAUUACAUGACAUCUCCACCCUCUUGCUGUCGUCUCAGCCUUGUUGGGAUAGUGUGGCCAUUCAC